AUGGCGUACCCGUACAACUUUGCCUCGCCUGGGGCUGCGCCGGCAGCUGGCGGAGGGGCGCCGACACGGAUCUUUACGCCGCCACCGCGGACAGCUUUGGGCAGGCAGCAAGCGCCGGGUUCGAGCGUGCAGAUGAACACUUUCUCUAGCUCGAGCCCAUCGUUUUCGUCGCAGGCGGCGGCCCGGCCGCCGCCUGCGUCGCCGUUUGGCGGCUCGCCGUUCCCGCAGAGCCCGUUUAGCUCGCAGCAGCCGGCGGUGCAAGACAACCGGACAGACGAGGAGAAAGAUGCGCAGUGGGGUGAGGAUCUGGUAGCAUUUGCCAAGAUGCGGCGGCUACUGCUCCGGCUUGUCGAACACGGGGUGGUCACGUCAGACUCGGUGACAGAGCAGGUACGGACGACGGCGCAGGCGGCUCUGCAGAUCCUGCAAGCCUCGGGUCCGUCGUCGCCCCUCCGGGUCCAGCUCCCGCAGUAUGUCAGCUUGUUUGGACAGCAGCUGCUGCGGCUCCUGCACGACGCAUACAACGCGUUCCAGGCGGCGGCGCAAGAGGCUCCGUUUAACCGGCCGAUCAACCAGCGGCCAGCGGCGGCGCAGAGCGCACAGAGUGCGCCGUCGCCGUUUUCGCCUUCCCGCGCCGCGCCACCGCCGCCGGGCAUGGCCUCGCCGGGCAUGGCCUCGCCGCCGCCGCCUCCUGCGCCGUCGUCGGCCGGUGUGGCGGGCCUUGCCGGGCCGUCGGGUGCCGCGCCUAGCGAGGACGAGCUCAAGUCGGAGUUUACGGCGCCGACCUCGCACGCCAUGGUCACCAACGGUGCCGCGGUCCAGCAAGCCCUGCAGAACAUGCACCGGCAGGCGACCCAGUACGCGUCGGCCGGGCAGCCGAUGCUCCGCAACUACUUUGUCUCGGCUGCCAAUAUGCUUGCCUCGGCCACGCCGCUCCUUCCCUACGACAUCGCCUUUCUCGACAAGCGGCGCAACAAGCACCCGCCGCCGCCAGUAGACACCUCGUCCGGCGGGUGCUGCGUCAUUAGCUGA